AUGUUCCUCAUUAGCUGGAUGACAUCGAGAUCCCAUCAGAAUCUUGAAUAUCUCAAAAUUCAAGUCACUGAAUUAGACACACUUGAUACGAUUUUCAACCUGCCCCAUGAAGUGAUGGGUGCCGAUGUGAUCAGACAUGGCAAAACUGUCAAAUAUGGAAUAAUUGAGCUACGAGGAGGAACCGACAUCAAGAGAAACGAUGGAGCAAUCGGCACAGUUUUUAUUGAAAUGGUCGAUGACCAGAUGAUGUUGAAAAUGUGUGUUUCUUAUUUACUUUGA